GUUAGCGCCCUUUUUAGGACGCCAGCCGAGUCGACUUCCGAGUAGCGGUGCGUUUUCCCACACUUCCUUAAGAGCGAAAGAAGAUGUGAAGAAAACAACUCCUUGACAUGACGACGCUGUGUGCGGUGCCUUGCCAGUUUCUCGGAUUGAAGAUUCCGAUAUACCACAGUGUUCUUGUGGACCAGCGCUGUAGCCGUGCUAUACACCACUGCGACGUCUGUAACGUCGUACAGCGCUUGGAGUCGGGGGCUGCGAUUGUGUGUAAAUCUAUCCACUAUGGCGUGUGUCAACCCGUGGCCAUUCCCCCAACCAAGGCCAGGAUUAUCAAGAAAAGAGAGGAGAAAGCGACGGCCAAGGUUUCUCCACAUUCGCCGCCUGCUAAGCCUCAGCUUUCACCCCAACCCAAGGUAGCCGACCAACUCCAACACUCACCCCAACCUAAAGAGGUGACCGAGGUCAAACCAACCACCUCUGCCACACCGUCCCCGAAGUCGGACCCGCCCAACCCUGCGCCCUCGGGCUCAGCCAUCCCGAGGUUCUACUUCCCCCUCGGUCAGCCAGUGUCCGAGGACGGCAAAGAGCUGAAGAAAGUGUCCGAGGUCUUCGGGACGUUGAAGGAGGGGAAAGCGUUCAAGAGUGAUUUUGGAGAAAUAGCAAAGGUGUGUAACUGUCCCCUGUACUGGAAAGGACCGUUAUUUCUGGCAGCAGGAGGAGACAAGCUGGGCUGCGUCACUUCCGCUUCCUUCCAACCCUUGUGGAAAAGAAUAAUCCAGAAGUACCAUGACGACUACUCACGCUUCAUGGCUAUCAUGACCCGGAUGAAGGGAAGCUACCUUACAGCAGACGACUUCGUGCCACUUAUACAGGAUGUUAUAGACACCCACCCGGGACUGACAUUCUUACAGGAAGCUCAGGAAUUCCACUCCAGGUACCUUCACACAGUCAUCGCCCGGAUAUUCUACACUGUCAACAGGUCCUGGUCUGGACAAAUUAGCAUCCCGGAACUCCGCAGGUCCAACCUAUUACAGGUAAUUUCGUCUUUAGAAGAGGAAGACGACAUCAACCAGAUCACAGACUUCUUCUCGUACGAGCAUUUCUACGUCAUCUACUGCAAAUUCUGGGAGCUGGACACGGACCACGACUUGUUUAUCAGCCAGCAGGACCUGGCUAGACAUAACGAUGGUGCAAUAUCGUCUCGGAUGGCGGAAAGAAUAUUCUCUGGAGCGGUGACAAGAGGAAGCACUGUUUCUCGCGAAGGCAAGAUGAGCUACACGGAGUUUGUCUGGUUUCUGCUGGCGGAAGAAGACAAGAAACACCCAACAGCGAUAGAGUAUUGGUUCCGGUGUAUGGACCUGGACGGAGACGGCCUACUGUCCAUGUACGAACUGGAGUACUUCUAUGAAGAACAGUACAAUAAGAUGGUGUCCCUGGGGAUCGAACCCAUGCCGUUCGAAGACUGUCUGUGUCAGAUGUUGGACAUGAUCAAUCCAGCAAUACCAGGCAAAAUAUCUCUUCGUGACCUAAAACAGAGCAGAAUGACGCCGUUGUUCUUCGACACUUUCUUCAACCUGGAAAAAUACCUGGACCACGAGCAGAGAGAUCCAUUCGCUGCGGCAAAGGAGGCUGAGGAUAUGGAGGGGAUGUCUGACUGGGAGCGGUACGCCGCUGAGGAGUACGAGAUGCUGGUGGCAGACGAGACCAUGCCGGGACAGGACGAUGUGUUUGAUGAUGACGCGUUAGAAAGUGCGGAGGUAAGACGAGUGACCAGAGCAGACAUGGAAGAGGCUGAUUACGAUUACACAGGUAUAGGUGACGUCAGCACAAUAACUGCGCAGAGGAGCGUGACGUCAUCACUAGCAGCUACCAAUCAACAGGAAGGAGUAAAGUGAACUGCUGACUGCACAAGACGCCAACACAAAUUUCCAUCUCGUGAACGGUCACAAUGCCAUUUAAAACGGUCGUUGGCACAUCGCAUAAUGGUACACUUUAUGGUUUUGAAACCAAGAUGGUGCACUUUCCUUCCCCGCUUAUUUUUAAUGGAACUUUUACGUUUUAGAAUCCGAUACGCUUGGAUAUGGCAUCUACCUGUUAGCGAUGUGGAAACGACCGUUUCAAAUAGCAACGACCGUUUACGUUAACUUUACAUAAACGCAAGGCACCAGCAUUGGCAGCAAUCAUACGUCUUUGUAGGGCCCGAGUACAGAAACGGACUGGCAAAUCAAAAGAAAAGACGGAAGUUUACACACAAUAGUAAAAGCCAAAGGAAUGAGAUAAAAAAA